AUGCCAGUUGUAGAACGAAAGAAUAAAGAUGAAAACGCUAAUUUACUAAGCCCUCGAAAACAACUGAGUGCUGCUGUAGCGUUCUUUAAUUUCAUUGACCUCUUAACGAUUAAAGAUUCGGCAAGAAUAACCGAAGAGAUAAAUAUAAGGAAGAAACAAGAUAAUUCUAUCUUGUUGCUUAUGUCAUAUGGCGAAGAAAUCUUUUCAGAAUUCUCCAAUGAAAUUUAUUUACAGGGAAAAUUCUCCACCAACGUCACGUCCCAAAGUAAAAAGAAACAAAGAGUCGGUAGAAGAGAUUUAAGACGAUUACGUCAAUUCUCUUUGUUACACGUUUAA